AUGGGUAUGUCUGGCUCUUGGUUCUUGACGAACUUCACUGAUGUCUCUGAUGAAUUCUUCGAUUGGUUGAAUUUCUUCUGUGAUGAAGAUGAUACUAAAGACCAUAUAAGGAAAGCGGGACAAAGGGAUGCUGCAUUACUUCCGAAACAUUCUUCAGAAUUCUCAUCGACGAGUUGGACUAGGACAAAAGAAUUUGGUGCUAAUUCGUGCGAUUACGCUUCCAAACUGCCAAGAAGACCCUUUCAGGUCGAGCAAAGACGUAUGCAACAAGUUCUGCCAAGCCAAGUUGAGGAUAAUACUCCAGGUGGCCGACAAGCCAUGCUAUUUGAGGCUCCAAGCCCGGUCUCAGUCCUAGAGAUCAACAGAAGCUUUAACCCGUCUGAAAUCUUGGCACCCAACACCUCCAGCCUCUCUUACCCAGAGAAACGCCCUUGUGAAUCUUCUCUCCAUGAGAAGCCACGGGACCCAUCCAAAAGGAGAAGAAAGCAGCAGGAUCAGUCGCUACAGCAGCCGGAUCAACUGAGAAGAUGUGUGCAUUGUGCAGCAACCGAGUCCCCAAUGUGGAGGGCGGGGCCCAUGGGGCCCAAAACUCUGUGCAAUGCUUGUGGUAUCCGUUACAAGACAGGUCGCCUCUUUCCAGAGUACCGUCCCUUUGCAAGCCCAACAUAUGUCCCUUCUCUGCAUUCCCAAUUUCACAAGAAGGUAAUUAGAAUUAGGGAGGCCACAAAUUGUGAGGACACAGAAGUUGCAGCAAAUACUCAGAGGCCGUCGCAGUUAGGAAAUAUAGAGGCAUGA